GACUUGGAAAAGGGGUCAGCCAUCAUAAAUAAAAUUACAAGAGGUGAAGGUUGGGCGAGACUUGAGCGAGAGAGACAGAGAGAGAGAUAGAGAGAGAAUAGAAUAGAAUAACAAGGGUUUUUCAUUUAGCAAAAUCACUGUACUCAAAAACCCUCACAAAAUCAAACAAUAAUCAUGAGUCAAGCACUCACCAGAUCAAUCUCUCGCAACUCCGCGAGAUUUCUUUAUUUCUCACCGGCGAUUAUUAAUCAACCGCCGCUACAACAACGCAUCUUCAACGCUUCACUUGCUCCUAAUCUUCGCUCUUAUGCUGCGCUCUUAUCGUCUUCCCCGUUCUCCAGUUCCUCCGCUCGGAGCUUCCGCUCCGGCCGCGAUCUCAAUUAUGACAUUGAACCACCGAUGAACUGGGGGCUUCGUAUUGUGCCGGAGAAGAGAGCCUAUGUCAUUGAGCGAUUUGGGAAAUACGUGAAGACCCUUACUCCUGGAAUUCACCUACUGAUUCCAUUUGUUGAUCGAAUUGCUUACGCGCAUUCGUUGAAGGAAGAGGCUAUUCAGAUUCCAGAUCAGACUGCUAUUACCAAGGAUAAUGUCAGCAUCUCCAUUGACGGGGUUCUCUAUGUUAAGAUUGUGGACCCGAAAUUGGCUUCUUAUGGGGUGGAAAAUCCUUUGUAUGCAGUUAUUCAACUCGCACAGACAACUAUGCGUAGUGAGAUUGGUAAAAUAACGCUGGACAAAUCUUUUGAGGAACGAGACACCCUCAAUGUGAAGAUAGUGAUGGCUAUAAAUGAUGCUGCAAAAGACUGGGGCUUAAAAUGCCUCCGUUAUGAAAUAAAGGAUAUUUCUCCUCCACGUGGAGUCAAGGCAGCUAUGGAGAUGCAGGCAGAAGCUGAGCGUAAGAAGAGAGCUCUCGUUCUAGAGUCUGAAGGAGAAAGGCAGGCGCACAUCAAUAUAGCAGAUGGGAAGAAGAGUUCGGUUAUCCUUGCUUCUGAAGCUGCAAAGAUGGACCAAGUUAAUCGAGCUCAAGGAGAAGCAGAAGCAAUACUUGCUGUUGCACAAGCAACAAAUCAAAGAAUUGCUUUGGUUUCGCAAGCUCUUAAAAAUCAUGGAGGGGUGGAGGCGGCAACUUUGGGAAUAGCCGAACAAUAUAUUGAUGCCUUCGCAAAUCUGGCAAAGAAGGGUAAUACGUUGUUGCUUCCCACAAAUGCUUCAUCUCCUGCGAGCAUGAUAGCUGAAGCCCUAGGCAUAUACAAAAACCUAACCAGCAAUAGCUCUGGGCCUGACCUUGCUGAGAUCCCUGAAGACAAAAACAUUACAGAUAGACUCUUAUCUGAAGAUUCUGUUAAGGAGAAUAAGAAAUCUGGCAAGCGCAGUAUUCCAAUUGAUGCAGCCCAACCUGUUUUCUCUCUCCAGAGCCCUAAAAGACAUGACUAGAGUUGGUGCAGAUCAAAUUUAUUGACGAAAUGUUUAAAUGUGCCACUCGAUUUUGUAGUGCUCAGUAAUAGUUGCCCUCAGGUUGAAAGAUUUCUAUUAAAUGGUUGUCCAUUCGUUGAAAGAUGAUUGCAGGAGAAGUAACGUUCUGAUUCUGUAUGUGUUGUCAUCUGCAUUUGGUUAACAACAUUGGUUGUGAAUCUGGCUAGUAUAUUUUAUAAUUGAGAACAGCCGAUGAUUAUGGCAAAAAAAUGAUUGGCAUCGGCUAUGGAACUGUUUGUUAUGAUCAUGUUAGUGUCUACAUUUUGACUUUUA